CCUCUUCUCUCUCAAAUUGCUUAGAGACUGAGGAAAGGUCCACGCCGCCCUCCCAAUUGUUCAGACCCUCACUGGCUGGCUCACUGCGCACAUACAACAAACAGUUUUCGAUCAUUUUCCCCAGAAAAUAAAAUCCCACCCAGAAAAGUAAUAUUAUAUAUAUUACAAAGAAAGAAAGAAAAAAAUAAUUGAAGAAUGAAAUUACCGUAGAGACAAACUAGAGAGAGAGAAAAAAGUGCGAGGGAGUUUAGACUUGAGAGAAAGAAGAUUGAUUCAUCAAAGCCCCGAAUCGAGGCGACUGCACCGACUCAGACUCGGACUAUCUGUUAUCUCUAGCCUUCUCUAGCCCUCUCUCUCUCUCUCUCUCUCUCUCUCUCUCUCUCUCUCUCACCGUUCAAAUCUGGACUAGUUACGAACAUGAAUGCAGAGAAAAGGAAAAAAAGAAAAACCCGUUGAGCAAAAACCUAGCCUUUUUGUUGCCUUGAUUGGUUUAUAGCGAAAUUGAAUUAGAUAUAUAUUGUAGAUAUGACAUUUGAUCAAACCGCGGUUCCGAAAGAUCUAAGGCCCUUAAACGUUGCUCGAACUAUGGCCGAAGAGCCCCGCAUUGCGCCUGCUGCUUCUACUGCUCGAAACCUCGAAGGAUUUUUCCCCAACCCGGCUCGUGAGGCUGGGACAGCCGGAAGCCCUGGGUCGAUACCGGUUUAUUACCAGGUGGCGGGGACGGUUUCCGAUGCUGGGUUUGUUGGUUUAGGGUAUGGAAAUGCAGCGCCGCCAGGUGUGGCUGUGUGGGGCCCCCGUGUGCCUGUGCCUGCGCCUGUGGGGCAUCCGGGUAUGAGCCCCGCUGUUGGUGUUGGUUUUGGUUAUAAUCCCAAUUUGGGCAGUAGGGUUGGCGGCAAUGCUACUGCUCUUGCUAGUGGUGCUAUGGCAACUGGAACUGGCUAUAAUGUGAAUUUUGGCAAUCGCGUUGGUGGAAAUGGCAUGGAUCAGGCUGGCAGUGAUAUGGCAACUGGGUUUGGUUAUUGUACCAAUUUGGGAAAUAGGGCUAGUGGCAAUGCCACUGACCAGACAAGCAGUAAUUCAGCUGCUGGGUUUGGUUAUAGUCCCAAUUCGGGCAACCGAGCUUCUGGCAGUGGGGUUGAUCAGGCAAGUGAUGAGGGUGGGGAUGAUUCAGUGUCGGGGAAGAAAGUAAAGUUUUUGUGCAGUUUUGGGGGAAAGAUUUUGCCCAGGCCAAGCGAUGGGAUGUUGAGAUAUGUAGGGGGGCAGACAAGGAUCAUUAGUGUCAGGAGAGAUUUGAGCUUUAAUGAGCUGGUGCAAAAGAUGUUGGAUACUUAUGGGCAACCUGUGGUUAUCAAAUAUCAGCUCCCCGAUGAGGAUCUUGAUGCAUUGGUGUCAAUUUCGUGUCCUGAUGAUCUUGAUAACAUGAUGGAUGAGUAUGAGAAAUUGGUUGAGGGGUCUUCAGAUGGGUCUGCUAAAUUAAGGUUGUUUUUGUUUUCAGCUUCAGAACUUGAUCCUUCUGGUAUGUUACAGUUUGGGGAUUUACAUGAUAGUGGACAGAGAUAUGUUGAUGCAGUGAAUGGGAUAAUGGAUGGAGUUGGCGGUGGAAUCACAAGGAAGGGAAGUAUGGUGAGUGCUUCUUCAACCCAAAAUUCUGAUUUCAGUGGGACUGAGGCUGUUGAUAGCUUGGGUCCUGGUCAAGUGGAUGUUAGUGGUCCCUCAUCAACCAGCAUGUUAUCACCUGGAGGAAAGUCAACUACUUCUAAUGACAAUGCUCCAAGAUUCAUGUGUGUAGACCCCAGCCCUGCCAUUUAUGCCGAUGCUUCUGCAACAUUGGGCACGCAGGUGGUUAAGUCUGGUGCUCUCCAAACAUCUUUGCAGCCCGAGGUUGAGCUAGAAAGGUCUAUGCCUGUUUCUGUAUCGCAGCCACAAUUGGGGUUGCAGCAACCUGUAACGGACAUUCCAUUGUCUUCACCUUAUUUUCAGGCUUAUGUUGAUUCUCGCCCAGAAAUUAUGAAGCAUGCAGAUUAUCUACAGUUUCCUUCUCAGAUGGGGUUCCCACAUCCUCAGUUAUUUGGGACUUCCGGGUCUACGUUCACCCAACAGCAGUUUCAUGAUAAUUCUGCUGGAAGCACUUCCCUUCAGUUUAUUCCAGCAGGGCACAUGACAAUGCCUCUUGCAUCUUCUCAUGUCAGUCUAAGACCGAAUAUGGUACAGCCAGUGAUGCAACCACAACAUGCUCGGUUGGAUCAUUAUGCUGAGGAAAGCAAAUUUGGACCUAGGGUUGUCCAGCUUCCUGUUGAGCGGAGCUAUAAUUCAUAUCAGGUUCAGGUCCCCUCUCCCAUGGUAGGAGGUGGUUAUGGCUGGCAUCAGGUUACAAUGCCUGAGCAUGUAAUUCACUCUGAUGGAUUGGCGCCUCAUCAACAGGUAAUGUUUCCUGAGAAAUUACUGAGGUUGGAUGACUGUUAUAUGUGUCAAAAAGCUUUGCCUCAUGCACAUUCGGAUUUGGUACAGGAUCAAAGAGGCAGUGGUGCAAGCCCUAUGUCCGAUUCGAACUCAAUUUAUCAUAGUCUCCGUCCAGAGGACAAUUUGAGAGGUCAGCCAAUGAACAGGGUUAUGGCAACUGGAGCCUUGGGGGAAGGCAUUUUUGAACAGAAAAUUGGGACUCAACCCAGGGUCCUUGGUCAGGCAGAUACUCAUGUUGGGACGCCUCAAUCAGACACAACUGGGUUUACUCAUCCAGAGACACAGCAUGAAAAUGAGAGGAUUGUUCUCCAAAAAGUAGAUGAUAUUGACAAACAGCAGAUUACCGCUCCCCUGGGUGUGAUCAAUAGGGCAGGUGAUGUACAGUCACCUUAUGCUGCAUUCAUGGGCACUACACCUCAGUCUUACCAAGAGGAUGCUGUACAGCAUCAUUCAGUUCCAAUUCAAAUUUCAGAACACAUGGUUCGUGAGCCUCCAAAAGAAUAUUUGACCAAACCUCCUGGCAUUCUUCCAAAAGAAGAUACUGUUGACACUUUCUUUUCCUGUGAACAGCUGAGACCAGUUGAUGGGAGGAUGGAUACCCUCAGGACAUCCCCCACUGAAACUUAUAGUAAUGAGCAUAGCAAGUCACCUCUUGAUAAAAUGAGAAAGGAAGACAAGUUUGAUAACAAACCACAGCAAGUUACAGGGACGGAGGUGCUUCUAGAUAAUACCUUUGGCAAACCCAAGGUGGUUUUUGAGGCAAAUCACAAUAAACUAACUGAAUGUCUGCCUUGUCCCUCUACAGAAAUUCCAUAUGGUCAUACUUCUCGACCAAUGGAGUUCUAUGAGGUGGCACAACCACCUAUUUGGGUUAACCCUGGAUCAUAUCCACAAUCAAAUAUUGGAAUCCAGAACUUGGAUCCUGAGGAAGUUCGUUAUGGAAACUCUUUAUUAUCUAGUCUUGAGGCUCCUCAUCUAACUGAUAGAAUUCCAGCUCCUGCCGAGUGGAAGGAUGACAUAUCACGGUUCCAGCCCAAGGUGGUCCCAGAUGAUGUGGAAGCUGUCCCCUCGAAUAGUAAUACACAGUCUUCUUUAUCUCCAUCUAGUAGAACUGGGGAUGUUCAAGACUCAAACUCACUUUUCAGCAAUCAGGAUCCUUGGAGUUUGCGCCAUGAUAAUUAUUUUCCCCCUCCAAGACCUAACAAAGUUCUGCCCAAAAAAGAAGCUCUUGCUACUAGGGAUCCCUUUGGUGAGGGCCGUUUGGGCAAUAGUGGGGAACCAAAUACAGAAGUACGACUGGAGGAUGGACUUUACCAGCCAUUGGGCAGUCCGAACAAGGAUUUCCAUUUGGAGCAUGUUAGAUCCGCUAAAGGUUCGGCAGAGGAGCAGAUUAAGCAAGAUCUUCAAGCUGUUGCCGAGGGUGUAGCUGCUUCUGUUCUUCAUUCAGCUACGUCUUCCAGUCCUGACAUACAUGAUAUAGAUGAGUCUGGUUUCGAAGCUAAUCAAGAUGGAGAUAUUCAGACUAGUAGUGUUGACACGCAGCAUAAAGCUAAAGUUGAGGACAAGAACAAACUUGCAGAUAAGGCAAACCUUGGUUUUCCAGUAUCAGAUAACAUAGGCCGCUUGCAGAUUAUACUGAACAGCGACCUUGAAGAGCUUAGAGAAUUGGGUUCUGGCACCUUUGGCACUGUUUAUCAUGGAAAAUGGAGGGGAACUGACGUCGCAAUCAAACGGAUUAAUGAUAGGUGUUUUGCUGGGAAGGCUUCAGAACAAGAGCGCAUGAGAGAUGAUUUCUGGAAUGAGGCAAUCAAGCUUGCUGACUUGCACCAUCCCAAUGUAUUAGCUUUCUAUGGUGUUGUGCUUGAUGGCCCUGGAGGUUCUGUGGCAACAGUAACAGAGUAUAUGGUUAAUGGUUCAUUAAGAAAUGCUUUGCAGAAAAAUGAGAAGGGACUUGACAAGCGUAAGCGACUCUUGAUUGCAUUGGAUGUGGCCUUUGGAAUGGAGUACUUGCAUGGAAAGAAUAUAGUGCAUUUUGAUUUGAAAAGUGACAAUUUACUGGUCAAUCUUCGAGAUCCUCAUCGCCCAAUAUGCAAGGUUGGUGACUUGGGCCUAUCCAAGGUGAAAUGUCAGACACUGAUCUCAGGCGGUGUUCGGGGAACACUUCCUUGGAUGGCACCAGAGCUUUUGAAUGGUAGCAGUAGCCUUGUUUCUGAUAAGGUUGAUGUAUUUUCAUUUGGUAUCGUGUUGUGGGAGCUCCUCACUGGAGAAGAACCAUAUGCAGAUUUGCACUAUGGGGCUAUCAUAGGGGGUAUUGUGAGCAACACGUUGCGGCCGCCAAUACCAGAAUCUUGUGACCCAGAGUGGAGAUCAUUGAUGGGGAGGUGCUGGUCAUCUGAGCCAUCUGAGAGACCAAGCUUCACUGAAAUUGCAAACGAGUUACGCGCUAUGGCAGCAAAGGUUCCUCCCAAAGGACAGAACCAACUACAUCAACUCCCCUCAACACAGCCUCAAGUUCAGAAAUGAUUACAGGCAAGUUUUUUCCACUUAGUGUCUCUCCCCCUUUGGCCAUUACAAGCUGCUGGAAGAUUACAAGUUUUCAGAUUAAAAGCUGCUGGAAGAUUAUCAGGCAAAGACUAUCACGCUGUCUUUGGAUAGAAAUUUUUGUUUUAAGUUUUCAGAUUUUAGGUUUCAUUUCCUGAAAUGUGUUGCUGUUACAUUUCUACUGUCUUUUGGUGUUACCAACCCCCCAUAUAUAGAAAUUUGAGUAUGAUUGAUGCC